AUGAAUGGAACGCAAAAUCAAAAUCUACUUUAUCUGGAAUCCCUUUGCCAAGAAUUAUAUUCCUCUAAGUCUCAAGAACAACGUGCAAAGGCCGAGAAGUUACUAGACAAUGCUUUUCCAACCUUCUCCGAGGCUUUAUCUCCACGUACCAACGGGUCAAAUGCUAUGCCAAACAACCCUUUGGGUAUAAAAAUACAAUCGCCGGCUGAGUCAUCUAUGUAUUGUCAAUGGCUUUUGGAAAAUUCAACCUCGCCGUAUUCUCAAUUGUUUGCAUCGGCAAGGUUAAAAAGUCUGGUCUUGGAUCAUUAUUCUAUGUUCACAGCGAAACAAAAAUUAGAACUGAGUAUGGGAAGUUUUUUAUUCAAUUAUUUGGCUGUUCAUCCUGAUUAUCAGCCAUUUGUCUUGUCUUCGCUUGCACAACUUUUUGCAACUAUAACAAAAGUUGGAUGGUUUGAAGACGAUGAAUUCAAAAAUAUAACAAACGAACUAUCUAAAUUCAUACAGUCUACUGUGGACCAUAGAAUUGUAGGUUUACAAGUAUUAUCUACCAUCGUUUCCGAGAUGAAUCAGCAAACUCCACGAAAUAUGGCUAGGCAAAGAAAAACAGCUAUUGGAUUUAGGGAUUCUCAAUUACUAGACAUCUUCCGGCUGGGUUUGGUUGUUCUACGUCAAAUUUUGAAUGGAGAAACGGUGUUCACAAAUGAACGUAAGGUGAAAGAAUAUUGUUUGACAUUACUUCGCAAUUGUUUAGCAUUUGAUUUCAUUGGCACAACUCCGGACGAGUCUGGUGAAGAUGUUGGAAGUAUCCAAGUAUCAUCAUCUUGGCGUUCAACAAUCGAAGAUCCGACUUUCCUUCAAACAAUUUUCGAGGCAUAUAAACGGUUUCAACCGCCACAUUCGAGUCAAGUUAUGGAAGUGCUUGUUCAAAUUUCUUCAAUUCGUCGAUCUCUCUUUAAUGAAGAAGAGCGAUCUAAAUUUCUCCAUGCGUUGAUGCAAGGAAUUAGCGAAAUAAUAAUAAGUUCAAUAGGAUUAUCAGAUUUAAACAACUAUCACGAGUUUUGUCGUCUUCUUUCGAGAUUUAGAUCUACGUAUCAAUGGAACGAGAUCACUGAGAAAUCCGGAUACAGCGAUUGGAUUGAUUUUGUUGCUGAUUUCACUAUUAAAGGAUUUAAUAGUUGGCAGUUCGUGCCAAAUAGCGUACAGUAUUUGCUUACAUUUUGGUCCAAAAUGUAUUCAUCUGCUGGGAGAUCUCGUCCGGGUUCUCCAAAUAAAUUAAAUAUGAUUUCAAGCAAACUAACUGCAGCAUAUAUAAGUUCCAAAAUUCAAUCAGUGGAACAAAUAUUAGAUGGUUCUAUAGAUGAUCCUUUGGAGAAUGAAGACGCUCUUAUGGAUGAUCUUGAGAUGUUUUCAAAUAUUGCUCGGAAUAAAUAUGACGAAUCUCAGAAAAGCAUUAAUGAUGUAUUCCAACCAAUAUUUAAUCAAUAUAAAGAAUUAUAUACACAAGUGAACGUUGGAAUUGUUAAUAGUUCCUAUACCCAAUUUUUCGAUACAAUUGAAACAAAAUUUGCUUGGCUUAUGUAUAUGAUUGGGGGAAUGAUCGGAGGUCGACAGACUUAUAUUAGCACUGAAGAUCAAGAUUUGAUUGAUGGUGAACUUACAUGCCAAAUUCUCCAACUAAUGAACAUGAAUGAACAAUGGAAUGCACCGCGUACCAGUGGUAGCGGUUAUGAAAAAUUUGAAUUGGCUUUAGUUUACUUUUUCCAACAGUUUCGCAAGAGCUAUAUCGGUGAAAGUGCACAGAGGGUUUCAAAAGUUUAUAGUAAAUUAUCGGAUAUAGGAUAUAAUGAUCAAUCUAUGUUAUUGAAUGCUAUUAUUCAAAGAAUAGCAAAGAAUCUUGAAGGAUGGGGACAUAGUUCAAAAAUAAUUCAACGCAGCGUUUCCUUGUUUAAUGACUUGGCUGGCGGAUAUAGUUCCGUCAGGAUUCUUCGAAAACUUGAUAUUGUGCAGUAUAUUCUGCGAAAUCACACUAUUAAGAAUUUCCCUUUUCUUGAUACUUCAAAUAAUUUACGAUCACGUAUGGUCUAUUAUUCUGCUCUUUCAAGAAUUUUAUUUGCAGAGGAUAAUGUUGAGAGGGAUUUUGAAGAUUUUGUUAAACCUUGGGAUAUCACAUUGACCGAACUCGGAGCCUUUAACUCAUUAAACGCUUUUAGACAGCCGACUGUUAAAGCAACUAUCUCUGGUAUCUUUCGUGAUCUGAGAGGAUUUCUAUCUGCAAUUCAAAGCAAAAAGAAUUUUUUGGUGUUUUUUGAAUGGUUUUACCCACAAUAUGUACCAAUUCUUUACCACGCGUUGGAAGCUUGGGAUAACGAUCCAUUAGCAAUUACAAUUUUAAAAUUUUUCUUAGAAUUUGUAAGUAAUAGACAACAAAGAUUGAACUUUGAUAUUUCCUCACCAAAUGGCAUUCUAUUAUUCCGAGAAACUAGUAAAGUAAUUUCAACAUACGGUCGGCAAAUUAUCGGACGUCCUUUCAACAGUCAAGAUAAAUAUGCUGAAAAAUAUAAAGGAAUAUCAAUCUGUUUUAAUAUCUUGACGAAAUCUUUUGCAGGAAGAUACGUCAAUUUUGGAGUUUUUGAACUUUAUGGGGAUAAGGCUCUCGAAAUAGUUCUUAAUACUUCGUUUGAAAUGAUGCUUUGUGUUCCAUUUGAUGAUAUCCUCAUGUACCCGAAACUUUCUAAAACGUUCUAUGAUUGGUUAGAUACGUUUACUAAUGAACAUAUGAUGGCAUUGCAUAAUAUGGAUUCAAAUGCAUUUCUUUACAUUAUGCCCAACUUUAAUGCGGUACUUUUCGAGGAAAGUCAAAAUCAAUGGUCACUCUCACGUCCUUUACUUUGUUUAAUAUUAUUGAACCCAGAUUACUGGGAACAGUAUACUCGUAAUCUUGUGUUAUGCCAAUUGCUUGAAAGAAGAGAUGUUCUCGCUAAGGCAUUAACAUCGCUAAUGCAAGAUGUUGAAUUCAAUCUGAUAUCCAAAAACCGAGAUCGAUUUACUCAAAAUCUUACUACAUUUAAAAGAGAGUUGACUAAUGAUAAUGUUAUAUUAGUAGCACCACCUAUGGAUAUGAAGAUGACUAUGUGA